AUGAAGAGAGACAUCAUUUCUUCGAUCCUUUUGUUGAAAAUAGUACUAUCUACUUUACUGAAGACCGUUUACGGUGGAGAUCCACCAAUAAUUUCACCAUUUUACUUUCCACCCAUAUUGAAAGAAGGAGAAAGUGCUAAUACUUUUUGUUCUAUUCGUUCUGGAGAUAGACCUGUGCAAUUCAAGUGGGAAAAAGAUGGACAACCCUUGAAUGAUGAAUCCAAAUUCGAUGUGCAGUCUUUAAAAGAUUCUUCUGUUUUGUUUAUUGAAUCAGUAGAUUUUAGAACUGCUGGGAAUUAUACGUGCAUUGUCACAAAUUCUUUUGGAAAGGAUCAGUAUACUGCAAGACUUGUUGUCACUUCCCCUCCUGUAUGGUUAAAAGAACCAGCAGAUACUAUUGUGAAGGAAGGAGAAAGUAUUUCAAUAGAAUGUCAAGCAUCGGGUGUACCUACUCCAAGAAUUAAAUGGAAAACAG